AUGACUCUGUCUUCUCAACUUGUAUCAUUCCUUCUUAUUCCCUUGCUCUUUUUUCUGUCAACAAACUAUGUUUUUGCUCAAACCAAUAAUGGCAAAGUGAACUUGGGAGCUUCCCUCUUUGCAGCAGAGAAUUCUUCCCCUUGGCUCUCUCAGAAUGGCGAUUUUGCUUUCGGGUUUCGUCAGCUUAGAAACCAAGAUCAUGAUAUCCUCUUCUUGGUGUGCAUAUGGUAUGCCAACAUACCUGACAAAACCAUAGUUUGGCAUGCAAAUGGGCUUUUGUUGACUAAUCCUCAAGGCCAAGAGCUAUGGAAAUCAGAGUCCAUUGUUGGAGACACUGCUCGUGGGGUCAUGAGUGAUGAAGGCAACUUCAUUAUUGAAGAUAACUACUCAGAGAAGUUAUGGGAAAGCUUUAAGUAUCCAACUGAUACCGUUUUGCCAAGUCAAGUAUUGGACAUUGGACAAGUCCUUUCAUCUCAUCAAUCAGAGACUAACUUUUCCAAAGGAAGGUUCCAGUUUUGUUUACGAAAAGAUGGGAAUGUUGUGCUCAAGACAAUAAACUUGCCUUCUGACUUGGCCAAUGAACCUUAUUAUGCAAGUAACAUCACUGGUGGAAGAUCUAAUCCAAUGACUGCAACCACACAGGCAGUCUUCAAUGAGUCAGGUUACUUGUAUGUUUCAAUAGGGAAUAGCGAGAUGUUCAAUCUGACACAAGGAAGAGUAGUGUCACCAAGGGACAACUACAUUCGAGCAACAGUUAGUUUUGAUGGAGUUUUCACACAAUGUUUUCAUCCUAAGAAAUUCAGUAGCAAUGUAAGUUGGACACCUCUUUGGUCUAUACCAAAUAACAUUUGCCUUUCAACCUAUGUUUCAGCGGGUAUUGGAGUUUGUGGGUAUAAUGCCAUUUGCAGCCUCAAGGAAGAUAAGAGACCAAAGUGUGAAUGCUUAGAAGGGUACUCUCUAAUCAAUCCUAAUGACAGUUAUGGAAGUUGUAAACCAGAUUUUAUACAAGGCUGCAAAGAAGAUGAGCUAAUUAGUUCUGGGAAAGAUGCAUAUGAUGUUGUGGAGCUCAGGAAUGGUGGUUGGCCGGGAUCAGCUGAUUACAUGAAAAUAUCAUCUUCCACUAGAGAAACCUGCAAAGAUUCUUGCUUGAAUGACUGUUUAUGUGUUGCUGCUGUUCUCAGAGGAGGUACCUGUUGGAAGAAGAGGUUUCCUUUGUCAAAUGGGAGAGUGGAUAAUACUAAUCCAUCUAUUGCUUUCAUCAAAAUUCUCAAGGUUAACUCUACUUUUCCAACUUUAUUUGUACCGAAAGUGAUCAAGAAAAACCAGAAUGGUUUGAUCCAUGUUAUACUAGGAAUAUUAAGUGGAUCUGUAUGUGUUAACUUAAUGUUACUUGGUGCAAUUUGUAUGGGGAUUUUGUUCACUCGCAAGAAGAAGAGUGAAAGGUCUCCAUCUCCACAAGAUGAUCCUGCAUCGAAUUUGCAAUGCUAUAGCUACAAAGUGAUAAUUAUGCAAAGACACAAUCCAUAA